UUUGGAUUCAUGACUUCAGGUUGUAGGAAAAUAAAAAAGCUAAUAAUUUAUAAUUCACUCCAAUGCUCUCUCCGCUAGGGUGAUAAACUCGAAGGUGAUAAAAAUGAGUCCUCUCAAAAUUAUUUAAUAACCACAGAUCUUCCAGAGUACAAUAAAAGAAAGAUUUACAGAUCUAGUGAGGGUUGAAUGCAGAUGGAGACAAUAAUGUGAAGGCGAGGGAAACAACGGGGAAGUAUUGUGGGAGGAGACAGACAGAAAGACACAAGUGCCAUCAGCGAACUAAAGGGUGGAAUCGGGAAAAGCUUCUCUCCCCCACUUUCCUUUCUCAAAUAAUUCGAGUCCUCGGUUUCCAUUUUGUUUCCAAAGUACAUAUAUAUUCCUCCCGAGUCCGAAUUGAAGCUAAACUUCAAUUUGAAUUCGGUAAGGUAAAAGUAGAUUCGCGCUAUACAGAUCUAUCGCAACGGGAGAUCAACAUUAGUAAUCAGAUCUGGUCUCCGGUUACCAAUUUGAUAAUCGAUAUUGUUCUUUCUGGUUCUGGUAUUAUACGUUCAAGUAUUUGGAACUCUCCGAAAUAGCAGAUGGAGAACGAGAAGAAAGCGUCGGCAAUAUCAGAUGUGGGGGCAUGGGCCAUGAACGUUGUCAGCUCCGUUGGAAUUAUCAUGGCCAACAAACAGCUCAUGUCCAAUCAUGGCUAUGCUUUCAGCUUCGCCACCACGUUAACUGGGUUCCACUUUGCUGUAACUGCUAUUGUGGGUCUGGUGUCGAAUGCUACUGGUUAUUCUGCAGCAAAGCAUGUCCCCUUGUGGGAGCUUCUUUGGUUUUCAGUGGUUGCCAAUAUGUCUAUCACAGGGAUGAAUUUUAGCCUGAUGCUCAACUCUGUUGGAUUCUACCAAAUAUCAAAACUAAGCAUGAUUCCAGUGGUUUGUGUGAUGGAAUGGAUCCUUCACAGCAAGCACUACUCAAGGGAAGUGAAAAUGUCAGUCAUGGUUGUGGUUAUUGGUGUUGGUGUUUGCACUGUAACUGAUGUUAAAGUUAACCUCAAAGGUUUUGUAUGUGCCUGUCUGGCGGUUUUAUCAACAUCUUUGCAGCAAAUUUCAAUUGGUUCUCUCCAAAAGAAAUAUUCAAUAGGAUCUUUUGAACUGCUGAGCAAGACUGCUCCUAUUCAAGCCCUCUCUCUCCUUAUUCUUGGUCCAUUUAUUGAUUACUACCUCAGUGACAAAUUGAUAACCGACUAUAACAUAUCCACGGGUGCCACUUUAUUCAUUGUUCUUUCAUGCUCCCUAGCUGUAUUUUGCAAUGUGAGCCAGUACCUGUGCAUUGGGCGCUUCUCAGCAGUUUCCUUCCAGGUUUUGGGCCACAUGAAAACAGUAUGUGUUCUGACGCUGGGAUGGCUUCUAUUUGAUUCGGAGCUAACUUUCAAGAAUAUCAUGGGAAUGAUUAUUGCAGUUGUGGGCAUGGUAAUUUACAGUUGGGCAGUGGAAGUUGAAAAGCAAUCAAGUGCCAAGAACCUCCCUCAUUCGAAAAACAGCCUAACAGAAGAAGAAAUUAGGUUAUUGAAGGAAGGAGUAGAAAACAUUCCUUUGAAGGAUGUUGAACUUGGUGAGGCUAAAGGUUAGAUUAAGUCAGUGGUGGUAAAAUUUGAUGAGAAACACAGAAGGGUUUAAUUCAAUUCUAGUUUUCUUUUUAUUGUCAAUUUGAUUCUGUUCCUUUAUUAUCUAGUUUACUGGCUGUAAGUCUUGAGACAUGACAAAUUAGGGUGGGACCUAUAGCACUCCCGUAUGUCUAUUUAAUUUCUCUCUCAAUUGCUUAAUCUUGGUUGUUUGAAA